GAUCGGCUGAAUAAUAAUAAUAAUAAUAAUAAUAAAUAAAAAAAGUGCUGUUAAAAAAACAUGCAAUAAAUGGCUCCAAAAACUAGACAAACCACUAAAAAACUCAUCGGAGGUUCAAAAUGCAAGCGAUUUACCAACUUAUAGAGACAUUUAUAGAUACUUUUAUUUCGUACAAUCUGAGUUAAAAAAUAAAUCAAACAUAAUUGAUAAAACCCAACAAGAACUUGUGAAAAUUUGGUUAAAAGUAAAUCCAAAAUUGCCCUUGAUAAAAAGUGAGUCAAUUUAUUUAAAAUUGGUCAAAACAUUUAACACAAUGAAACUUAUUAAUGGAAAAAAGUGCAAAAAAAGACCUCAAGUUGCAGCAUAUAAUGCGUUGGAAAAUCUUUAUGAUAUAUCUAUCUGUAGAUGCAAUUUAGACGAAGUUCCCUGCUAUGAUGAUAAGGUCAAAUGCAAAUAUCUAACCUGCAAUAAUAACCAUUUAGUAUGUGUUUGUCCUCCAGAGUGCAAGAUUCCGCUGGAGGAACGAGAAUACAUCAAAGACCAAAGAUCAAGAAAUGGCACAAAAGGAAACAUUCAGUAGAUUGGAGCUCAGUAAAAAAAGAAAAAAGAAGAGUAGGAAAGUGUUCUAAUGUUAAAGUACCCUCAUAUGAUAAUGGCGAAUCAUCUUUUGAUAUAAAUUUGGAGUCUGAUAUAGAAUCAUCAUCAGAUUCAGAAUAUAAUGAGUCAAUUGCUAUUUCAACAUAUAAUUUAAGAAAGCUGGAUAACUUUGCUUUAGAGUGUGUUCGGUAUGCGAUAUCGAGUGAAGCUGCUGCAGCUCUUGGUAAUGGAUUUUUAAAAGAUCUUGGAGUUAUUACUAAAACUGAUAAAACUGAUGUUUUAGAUAAAAGUAAAAUGAAUCGAGCUAAAAAAAGGGUUUGUCUUCAGUCUGUUGCUGAACACAAUAUCAUAGUGCAAAAUCUAUCAUGUAUUGGAUGUGACAGUAAGGAUGAUAAAGGUAGCCUGGUUUAUAGAAGUAUGUUGCCAGAUAGUAUUAGCAAAAAAAAUAAAUUAAUAGAAAAGGUUUAUCAUCUAAGUUUUACAGUAGAAUCUGGAGAAAUGAAAGGUAGAUAUCUGACACACAAAGAUAUUUUAAAUGCCACAGGAGAAAAUUUAGCGCAGUCUACUUUUGAAGUGUUAAAACAAUACAACAGUGUUGAUUCUUUGUUAGGAAUUGUUUUUGACAUUACAAAUGUCAACACUGGAUAUAAAACUGGCCUUUGUGCUAGCCUUGAAAGAAAACUUGGCAGAACAAUUCAUAAAAUUGGCUGUGCACUUCAUAGCAACGAGUUACCUUUGCGCCAUAUUAUAGAACAGCUAGAUGGCGGUACAAACACUCCGCAAACCUUUUUUGAUGAAAUUGGAAAAGGUGCAGCACAAGACCUUCAUCAUAAACCCAUUGCCAAAUUCGAACCUGUUUUGACUUCUUUAGUUUUUCCAGAAAAUAGUGUGAUCAAUGACUUAAGUUCUGAUCAAAGGUUAUUGCUGGAAUAUGUGUGUGGUAUAAGUUCAGGUGUUGUAAAUCCAGUUUACGCUCAUUAUAAAAUUGGUCCAGUUAAUCAUGCUAGGUGGCUGACAUUAGCAAUACGUAUUUUAGUUUUGCAUUCAAGAACAGAACAACCUACUCCUGUCCUUAAAGAGAAAGUAAAUUACAUACAGACAGAGUAUGGCCCCACAUGGUUUGCUAUUAAAAGAUCAAAGAACUUUACUGAAGCGCCAAAAAUUUUAUACACAACAUUAAAAAAUAUAAAAAAUUUUAGCCAAACUAUACAAGACAUUAUACUACCUGUUGUUUUAAGAAAUGUAAUUAACAAAAUCCCAAAUAUUGGAAAUCUUGAAAUUGAAUGUGACACAUGGGCAGAUCUGCUUUUUGAUGAUAAACUGAUCUAUGAACCUCCUGCUACUAAGAACCUGACUUAUCUGGAACUACUCAAUACAAUUGAAUGUAAACCAGAUCCUUGUGAGCUUGGUUGGGACUUUCCGCUACAUAGUCAGUCUGUUGAGCGUGCUGUAAAGCUUGUUUCUGAGGUUUCAAAAAAAGCCUAUUCUUUACAGAAUAGACAUGGUUUAGCAGUAGGGAAGCAAAAAAGUCUACGAUAUAGUAUCCAUUGUUUUUAA